AUGGCCAGUGAAAGAAAAUACGAUAGGGACUGCCGAGCUCGGGGAGGUGAGCGGUUCCUCAAGCUCGUACCGCAGAUACAUCCGCAGUACGUAGCCCCUGCCGAGAUAGGGAGUAGGCCAGUCGGACGUUCACCGGGCGCUUCUUCGCCUGACCAGUCAAAAUCGCAGGCCGACCAUCUAUCACACGGAGCGAUCUCACAGUCUCCCACCCUACGACAAGAUCCGGACUUGAGACAUCCAGAACCUGGCCGGUUCCACCCGGUCAUGUGGUGGCCAGAUGCCAUAAGAAAGGAGAACUUCUAUGAGGAAAGUGGCUUGCUACUGAUUGGUAAUGGCUUCGAUGAAUGUGCAGGCAUCGUGCCGACGUACGAGAUGUUCAGUGCCAUCGUAAAAGCUGGGUCGGCCCGUCGUAAAUUCAAUGCAUCGUGCGCGUGGCGUGACUGCGAGCUUGAUACGAUUGAAGCAGAGUAUACCAAGAUACAGCACGACGACAACAAAUUGGGGGUGGAGGCGAAAGAACUAGAUAGGGUGACUUCAAGCAACUACGGUGAGUACGACGAAGACACCUUUGAGUGGGCCAUGAAGCGUCGCUCAGAAGUCAUCUUACGUACCCAAGCAAACGUUUUACAGAAAGUAAAGCUUGAAGAACAGCAGAAUGAUGUCUACGCUCGACAUGAAGCAGUAGAAACAAGCCUGAGAGACGCAGAGCAUGCGCUAUGGGUCUUGCUGGACGAACUGCUCGUAAAGAUAGGCGUUCUGCCUGGAAUCGAUGACGCCGACAAGAAUCCGCGGGUCCAAAUCCUGAGCGCAAAAGAACCCGUAGACGGUUGUAGCUUGAAUUGGUCCGAGAAUAAUUGGAACGAUGAGAUACCCGGGGAGUGGAAACCCGCGCCAGUCGUGGACAAAGGUAGUGAAGUAUUUGAAGCUCUGGGAGAAGAAGAGCCAGAGAGUACUUGGAAUAACGCAUGGAAGGACUAUCCUCGCAACGACCACCUGCUGGCAUUACAGGAUGUGCUCUACCAAACGGCGGACGAGGCAAUACGCGUUGAGCGAGAGUUUAACAAUGUUCGUGAGCAGUACGAUCAGGAACUGAAGACUUACAUGUUUCACCAGAGAGGGAAACGUGGCAACGCAAGCGUAAGGUCGUAUCAGUUGGAAGAAGAAUUUGGCCCCAUAUGGCUGGAAAAAUGCCGCAAGAUUUCUGCGAAGAUGCAGGACGCUGACAGAGGCCAUGCGCAGGCGGAAUGCGCUCUCUCUGAUGCAAAUCGGCAUGAUCGCGAGGUUCGAAAAAGGCCGUCCAAACCGGAGCCGGGCCUUCCGGGUCAGACAGAGGCAAUCGAGCCACGAAGUUUUGGAAAGAGGAUAUCCUCCCGUAAGCGGCGCUGGAUCGAUGAAUGGCUUGAAGAUGUGUAUAUGAAUCCGGGUGACGAGGAUCGCCAAAAACCUAGAGAAGAACCGGGUCAGCCCAUUACGGUUGCUACGGAUGAGGCGAGUAGAUCACUGCGCUCCGAGGAUGUUCCAAUGGCUACAGGUAGCCGACGUCGAAGAAUCGACAGAUAUGUACUUCGAAGCCGAGAUUUGCGACCAGACACGUCGAAUACUGCUUUACAACAGCUGCAUCUUGAGUGGGCACGGAAGGUUGGUGAAUGGAUGUAA